GUUUUCCUUAAAGGGGAUUAUUUUUGGUGUAUAAAUAACGAUAAUUUGUUCAUAAACAAUUCAGUUUUGUUCUAAGGAGAAGUAGUGUGACAUUGGUUAAUUCUGAAAAGAUGAAAUUUUGUACACUUUUACUUUUAUGCGUUGGAAUUUUCGUUGUCAGUGGUCAACCCUGUAAACCUGAGGGUAGCUUUUGUUUUAACAAUCGAGAAUGCUGCUUUAAUCUCCAAUGUAGUAUUUGGGACAAUAGAUGCUUAAGACCAGGUGCUUGCCGAAAUAUUGGACAAUAUUGUAUAAACGAUUCAAACUGCUGUCCUUCACUUUUCUGUCAUCCAACUCAGCGCAGAUGUGACAGAGUAGAUCUCUGUCAAAGAGUUGGACAACUUUGCCUGAGAGAUGGAUUUGAAAGAUGUUGUCCACGUUUGACAUGCAGAAACAGCAUAUGUUCCUACUAAAUUUAUUUUCAACUUAAAGAAAGCAUCCGAACUGGAGAUAUAAAAAAAAACUAAUUUUAAGAAAUAUUUUUAUUUAAAUUUUAGAAUUUAAUUAAUAAUAUAUGAAAAUUAAUUAUAUCCACUAAUGAGAAGAAAAGUUCAAAUUGAAUAAGAAACUUAAAAAAAAAUUGUAAUACAAAAAUUAUUGAUAUUAUUUACAAUAAAAAUUUUAAAUCAGA